ACGGAAGUUCAAGUUCAGAAUAAAUACGGAAAAGCAGGUAGGGUCGUUGACUCUGGUAUGACGACCUUAGGUGCUGCGAAACGCUCAUCAUGAAUGUCUCCCGCUUUUUGAUCGCUCUUGUUUUGGUCGUACCGCAUUUUUGUUUAGACAAUCGCAACCAAGAAAUUGAUAAGAAUAAUGAUAAGGCCACUAGAGAAUCAAGAUUGAGGAGGGCCAUCAUAAAAACGUCGUCUCCUGCUUUGUUACUGCUCUCGUUAUCCGUAGGAGCAAUAGCAACGUUUUACUUAUUAGAAUCUCCCCUCUCUCCGUUACCUCUUCUUCCCUUGCCCUAUCCACCGGUUGGCACUUAUCCACCCAAAGAAACGGUGGCUGCCGGAAGAAAUUUUGCCAAGAAUCAAUGGAUGCUGUUUACUAAACAUUGACAUUUGAUUAAAUAUCCGGUAAGCUCAUCGGCUAUUUUUUUUAACGUUAUUAACGUAGAAUCAAUUGUAUAUUUCAUAAAUAGAUCAUACUAUUCAAUAUACGGACCAUAAUAUAAUAAUUUUGUGGGUCUUCCGUAUAUACGCUCUAUAUAAUGCCCUUUUUAUAGUAGUACUAUUUUUGAAAUUUGUUAUAAAACGGGCUCUCAAUUAUUGGGUGCUAUGUCUCUAAUUAUGUCAAUGGUAACACGUGAGGGUGUCGUGUUCCACCCGUUCGUGACAGUUCAACACGUGGGGGUGUCGCAUGGCACCAACUCGUGACACCAUAUUCGUGUUGCUUUCUACUCGCAAAACAUACUAGACACCUAAAUUAUAUAAGCCCGUUGUUAUCCGGUUAACUUUUAUGAAAUUUAAACAUAAAACACUUGUAGAUUCUGGUAUAUAAAUCUAAUAUUUACUAUUCGUAAUUUUGUUUUCAGGGUAAAAUGUGAUAUUGAGAGGAUUCCGAAAGAAAAUACGAGAUUU